AAGGCCUAGAGUUAGUGUGCCGUGUGGUAUAAUUGCAGGCUACACGUGUUGCGCAUGCUUCAAGUUCAGUUGCUCUGCAAUUGCAAGUGGAGGAAUGCUGUAUCGUUGUAGUUUGUCGAUAUUUUGUUCACGUACAGCUUUUUCAGCACGUCGAAUUCGAUCCAAUUUGAGUACACAUGCGCAGAAAGUCUCUACAGAAUUGUUAGCCCGACUACGUAAAUCGACUGGUUAUCCUAUUCUGAAAUGCCGUCGGGCUUUGUUGGAGACUGGAAACGAUUUGCAGAAGGCAGAAGCGUGGCUUGCCGACGAAGCACAGCGAGAAGGUUGGACACGCGUAGAGCAGCUGCAGUCGAGGAAAACGUCGCACGGUCUUGUGGCUGUGAAGACUGAGAAAACGUAUGGCGUAAUGGUCGAGGUGAAUUGUGAGACCGACUUUGUAUCUCGAAACGAGACAUUCCAAGGUUUUGUCGGAAUGGUGACACAAUCGUUCUUUACUCAUUACGAGCAUAUGAGUCACUCAUGCUCCACCCCGGUUAGCAUGUUUGAGGCUGACGGCGACAUUCUGUCGUCUCUGUCGACGCCAGAAUCGUCAAGUAUAGGCGAUCAACUGGCAAAGACGGUCGGCAGGCUCUCAGAGAAAGUAUCGCUCCGUCGAGGUGUAGCUCUAUCUACUGCUCAAGGUGUGGUCGUAGGGUAUAGUCAUGGAAGUGUUCCACGUGUUGUCGAUCUCCCGUGUUCUGUGGGCAGUUAUGGUGCUCUGGUCGCCCUACAGGGAUCGGAGAGCGAGGAUGCUGUGAGGAAACUCGGAUCUCGUAUUGGCAUGCAAGUAGUGGGAACGAAUCCAAAGGGAAUGGAGCCGCCGCACGAAAGCAAAACGAUGGACAAGCAAGACUGGCUAUUGAGUCAACAGUUUCUGUUUGACAAUAGUGUUAUGAUACAGGAAAUGUUAGAAUCACACGGAGCUACCAUUUUUGGAUUCCUUCGAUAUUCAUGCGGUGACGACUAG